AUGAAGAGGUUACGGCCAGCGCGAUGCAGCGGGCAACUGCUUCGUGCUUGUCCGGCGACUAGGCAACCCUUUGUCAACGCGAUUCGAUGUCUGCACGCAGAAGCCCCGGCGCAUAACGGCGACCGACUCGCAUUCGAGCCUGACGCCAAACCUGGUCGCCCCUCCACCUCGCACAAGCGGCCAGACGUCUCUGCCAAGCUGGCCGCCUUACACGCCAGAUUGGCCCUCUCCAAAACGAUUCCCCUCCAGACGCUGGCGCGAGCUCUCAUCACUCCAUCCGCCGACCCCGAUGCCGAAGCCAACAACUCGAAUCUCGCAUACCUAGGAAGCACAAUCGUCAACUACCACGUCCUGGAAUACCUUGUCUGCAAGUGGCCGCGGCUGCCCAUGGCCAUCCUGUACGAGGCGCUGAGGGCAUACGCCGGCCACGAAUCGCUCCAACAGGUAGCCCGCCAAUGGGGUUUGGAGUUGGCGGCGGCGCCCGGCCAAGAGGUUGAUCCCGGUCUGCUGCAGUGGAAAGCAGAUGGCCAACACAUGCUGAGCACGCGGUGGGGGUACAUUCGCCCGGACGUGCGCCGAAAUGCUCACUACCAUCGCCCGAGCCUCAGCAGCCGAGUGGUCCUCGACGUCGACUUUGGAGAGAGGGUCCCGCCUAGUUCCGGCGAAGAAGAAUACCAAGGCCUGCAAAGCGAGGCCACUGCGUCCUUCGUCCAGGCCGUCGUUGGCUCCAUAUACACGCAUUGCGGUCGCGAACCCGCAAAGUCCUUCGUCGCGUCGCACAUCUUGUCUCGGCAGCUAGAUCCCUCCGCGCUCUUCGCCUUCAAGCUGCCGACGCGCGAGCUCGCCCUUCUUUGCGCCCGUGAGGGCUUCGAGGCUCCUCUCGCUCGCCUGGAAAGCGAGACUGGUCGACUGUCUCGUACACCCGUCUACGUUGUCGGCAUCUACAGUGGUAGCGAGAAGCUGGGAGAAGGCAGCGGCCCGAGCCUAGAUAUCGCGCGGCGGAAGGCCUCCAUGAACGCUUUGAAGGCGUGGUACCUAUACAGUCCCGGCAACAAGGUGCGCGUGCCCAGCGACACGAUGGAUGAGGAGGCAGAGCCCUGGACGGCGCCGCACAUUGACAUUGGAGAAAUUAUCUGA